UUCUUCUGGUCACGACAUUUCUCUGGCUACCGAUAGAGACUCACAAAUGCUUCCCUCCACUCUACCAACUUCGAUGAUGCUUUCACUUUAUUCCGAGACAUGCUUCACUCUCGUCCCCUCCCUUCCAUCAUUGACUUCACCAGAGUCUUAACUGCCAUCGCCAAGAUGAACAACCAUAACGACGUCGUCGUCUUCCAUCUCUGCCGCGAGAUGGAGACUUUGGGGAUCUCACACGAUCUCUACACCUACACUAUCUUGAUUGAUUGUCUCUGCAGAUGCUCUCGUCUCUCUCUUUCUUUCUCUGUUUUAGCAAAGAUGAUGAAACUCGGGUUUGAGCCUAGUAUUGUCACACUUGGAUCUCUCAUCAACGGAUUCUGUCACGAUAAUAGGUUCCACGAGGCUCUAUCUCUCGUUGAUAAAUCCGGAUAUGAACCUAAUGUUGUCAUCUACAACAUUGUGAUUAACUGUCUUUGCAAGAACGAAGAUGUUGAUGACGCGUUGGAGCUUUUUAGUUUAAUGGAGAAGAAAGGAAUCAGAGGAGAUGCUGUUACCUACAACACUCUGGUAAAUGCUCUUUGUAACUCUUGUAGAUGGAGCGAGGUGGCUCGGCUUGUGAGAGAUAUGAUGAAGAGGAGGAAGAUAGAUCCUAACGUGAUUUUUUACAGCGCGAUGAUCCAUACGUUUGUGAAGGAAGGUAAUCUCUUAGAGGCUAGAAACUUGUACAAGGAGAUGCUCCGGAGAUCUGUAGAUCCUAACAGAUUCACAUACAAUUCACUGAUCUACGGGCUAUGCCUUGAUGGUUGCCUAGGUGAGGCCAAGCAAAUGUUGGAUUCGAUGGUCUGUUUUCCGGAUGUAGUGACGUAUAAUACUCUCAUAAAUGGGUUUUGCAAGUCUAAGAGAGUAGAGGAAGGGAUGAAACUCUUGUGUGAGAUGUCUCGUCAAGGAAUUGUAGGCGACGCUUUCACUUACAACACUCUUAUCCACGGCUAUUGCCAAGCGGGGAAACUCAGUGUCGCGCAAAAGGUUUUCUGUCGGAUGGUUGAUUGUGGUGUGGCUCCUGAUGUUGUUACCUACAACAUUUUGUUAGAUUGUCUAUGUAGUAACGGCAAGGUAGAGAAAGCGUUGGUGAUGGUAGAGGAUAUGGAAAAGAGAGGAAUUUAUGUUGAUAUUGUUACGUAUAGUAUUGUCAUACAAGGGAUGUGUAGAAUUGGUAAGGUGAAAGAGGCUUGGUCUUUGUUUUGUAGCCUUACUCUCAGAGGACUGAAGCCUGAUGGUAUAGCAUACAGAACAAUGAUAUUAGGAUUGUCUAGGAAAGGUCGACGGCGUGAAGCUGAUAAGCUGUGUAGACAAAUGAACGAAGAUGGGAUUAUUAUGCCAGUUAAAUGCAUGAAUAAUGAUGAGAUACUUAGAGAUCGCCACACAAGCUCAUCAUUGGCUGAACUCAUCAAAGUUAUCCAUGAGUAAAAGCGUUUCUGUAAAGAUAGAUCCUAGGAACAAAUUAAAAAUGUAACAUUUUUUUUGUCUUGUAUUCGUUUCUACGCAAUUUUCGUAUAAAACAAAGUUUGCCAUCAAAAUGUUUGUGUAAAGGCGUUGGCCAACUCUUAACUGUUGAAAAACCCACUUAUCUACUCUCAGCACAAUGGAAC